UUCAAGUUGAAACGUUGCCGGCAAAUUCGCAAGUAUUUACAAAUUUUUGUCAAGCAAAAUAACACAAUUAAAAGAAGGGAAUAAUGGCACAAAGAUCAAUAACGUUAGUUAUAAAUACUUUAAAAGAUUCCUUGGUGAAAGUUAAUAGCACAAAUACAUUUGUUUUUAGGUCUUUUUUUAAACCAACAGCUAGUGCGGGCUCUGAGGAAGCAUCAAGCACAAAACGCAGCAGGCAGGAAAGCCCUCAGUCUAAUGGAAAGAUUGGGGAACCCGAGAAGAAAAUUCAGAGGAAAUCUGAAGAAACGGACAAAAGAGACGCAAAGCAAAAUGCACAGACUAAUAGUACAAAUAGAGAUACAAAGAAACAAUCACCAAAGGCGUCAAAAACAUCACCUAAGAACAAGAAUACAUCCAGUCCUUUCAAAAAGCAAAUUAGUGAUGUCAAAAAAGAGAUUACAAAUGAAAAGGAAAAAGUAGACAGCAAACCCAUAAUUGCCACUAGUCCAUUCAAAAAGCAAAUAAGUGAAGUCGAAAAAGAGAUCACAUCUGAAAAGGAUGAAUUCGACAGCAAACCUGCGAAAUUAAAGUCUGAGUCGAAAUUAAGUAAAGAUGAUGAUGCUUCGAAACAAAAUUCAAACAAGGAUGAGAGUGCGAAUGUUAAAAAACUCUCUGUGGAAGCCAAUCAGUGUGGUGCCGAAUACAAUCCGGCUUCUGUGAGAUAUCAUCCUAUUAAAGAUGCUUAUUGGAAAGCAAACCAAAGCACACCAUAUUUGGCUUUAGCAAGAACUUUUGAAAUGAUCGAGGAUACCAAGGGACGUUAUAAGAUGGUAGAAAUACUAGCAAAUUUCUUAAGCUCCGUUUUAUUAUUAAAUCCAGAUGAUUUAUUAUCCUGCAUUUAUUUGAGUAUAAAUCAAUUGGCACCGGCAUAUGAAGGCGUAGAGCUCGGUGUAGCGGAAACCACCUUGAUGAAAGUCAUCGCUGUCUCAACGGGACGUGAACUGAAGUUCAUAAAAACACAAACGCAGGAAAUUGGUGACUUAGGCAUUGUUGCUGAGCGUUCAAGAGUUUCGCAGCGUAUGAUGUUUACGCCAAAACCACUCACCGUACAAACUGUCUAUCAAAAAUUGAGAACAAUAGCAAAAAGUUCGGGCAAGGCAAAAUCUCCAAUUAUACAUGAUCUCUUUGUGGCAUCACGUUACUCCGAAGCUAGAUAUAUUAUACGAUCACUAAUUGGCAAGAUGCGUAUAGGAAUUGCGGAAAAAAGUUUAUUUCAAGCUUUAGCCACAGCGUUAGUAAGCAGUAAACCCUAUGAUGAUAACUAUAAAAAGAAAAAACAAUCUGAAGCGGAUAUAAAAAAAGAUAUUGAGGAUAUAACCUUUCUACUUAAAACUGCUUAUUGUCAAUGUCCAAACUUCGAUAAAAUCAUAUCGACCUUACUUACUCAGGGCAUUGAUGAUUUACUAAAACAUUGCUCCAUGGAACCCGGUGUGCCAUUGAAACCUAUGUUGGCGCAUCCAACACGUGGUGUAUCCGAGGUGAUGGAUCGCUUGAAGGGCAACAUCACGUGCGAGUGGAAAUACGAUGGCGAACGUGCGCAAAUCCAUCGCGACAAAAAUGGCACCGUUAAUAUAUAUUCACGUAAUCAAGAGAAUAACACAACCAAAUAUCCGGAUGUAAUAAAACGUAUCGAUCACUUCAAAAAGGACACGGUACAAUCGUAUAUAGUAGACAGUGAAGUGGUAGCUUGGGAUAUUGAGCAGAAACAAAUUCUACCCUUCCAAGUGCUUAGCACAAGGAAAAGGAAGAAUGUAGAUGUAGAGGAGAUUAAAGUACAAGUCUGUGUAUAUGCAUUCGAUCUAUUGUAUUUGAAUGGCGAGGCGUUGACUUCGAAAAACUUCUCCGAAAGAAGACAAUUGCUGCGAGAUAAUUUUAAUGAAGUUGAGGGUGAAUUUCAAUUUGCAACUUCAUGUGACACCAAUGAACCUGACGACAUACAAGGCUUUUUGGAAAAUUCUAUUAAAGGUAAUUGUGAGGGUCUGAUGAUUAAGUCGCUGGACAACGAUGCCACUUAUGAAAUUGCGAAACGUUCACACAAGUGGUUGAAGCUGAAAAAGGAUUAUCUGACUGGGGUGGGUGACUCGUUAGAUCUGGUUGUUAUCGGCGGUUACAUAGGCAAAGGCAAACGCACUGGUGUGUAUGGUGGAUUCUUACUAGCUUGCUACGACGAUGAAAAUGAGGAAUAUCAAAGUAUAUGCAAAAUAGGCACAGGUCUGAACGAUGAGGAUUUGAGCACACAUGCAAAAUUCUUCAAAGAACACACAAUACCAGCACCAAAAUCAUAUUACCGUUUCGAUGCUAGUUUGGCGCCCGAUACUUGGUUUGAGGCCGUGCAAGUAUGGGAGGUCAAAUGUGCGGAUCUUUCAUUGAGUCCGGUGCAUAAAGCCGGCAUCGGUAUUAUUGAUCCUGAGAAAGGUAUAUCACUAAGAUUUCCACGUUUUAUACGUAUACGUGAGGAUAAAUCUACAGAGGAUGCAACAGCUGCACAGCAAGUGGCUUAUAUGUAUCGCAAUCAAGAUCAAGUUAAAAAUCAAAAAACCAAUGCUGCAGAGUUUGAUGACGAUUUCUACUAAUUAUAUAUAAAAUGGUAAUAUAUUUAUUGUUUAGGGAAGCUCUAUAUGAUGCACAUGGUUUGUUGCCAGUCAAGAAAACCUGUGUGUGAAGUUUGUAUCUGCUUAGUACGUGUAUAAUAGAACAUACGUUGAUUAUAUACACAGUUACUUCACGCUACUAUGUUUGUUGUGCGCUAUACAUUUCUUGUUUUCAAUCAAAAUUAAUUAAAAAUUUAAGUUUUUGUUUAUGUUGGAUUUUUUUUUACGCUUAUUAAUAUUUUUCCAUUAAAGUUAUAUAAAAAUGUAUGAAUGUUUUUAGUGUCCAAAAUUUGUAAAAUUUAAAUUUCAAUAUUAUAAAAAAAUUCUGAAAAUGGGAAGUCAUAUAGCCAAUGCUUCAAUCUAUCUGCACACAAAAUUGCAUACGCAUAUCACCAAAAUUAAACGAGUUAUAUUAAAAUUUGUUUAUUAGAUUAAAAAUGUAUAACUUCCAAUCUCACUUGUUUUUAAAGAAAAUUUUGUAAAACAUAUUAUUUGUCUCAAUUUCUUUUACUAAAAGCGUUAAGCUUUUAUACCUCCUUAAAAGCUAGUGUAGAAUUUUAAUAUCGACUUAUUUUUUUAUUCAUGUUUUCAAAGUUUAACUAUUUAAGAAUAUGUGUACGAGCGGAUUUUUGAAAAUUCGAAUUAUUUUCGGAGAUAUAGACAUUUUACUUACGCGGCCUCCAAAUUGGUUCGGCUGAGUGUAAUCGACCAGACCAGACUUUUUUAAUACGAUACCCACGAUUUCUCUGUUCUAGUUCUACUGGACCGAUUUACUUGAAAAUUUCAGAGAAUCUCCUUAAUAGACAUUUAUAUAUCCUAUGAACUAGCCUUAUCAUCAAAUUUCAUUUUUUACUAUUGUUAGAAAAUACGAGAAAAAAUCUUUUUUUAAACAGUCGCCAUUUUGUCCAAUUUAAUUUUUUUACUUAUCGUUAGUUCAUACAAUUGCGACAUUAUUGACAACCUUUUCUUUCAUUAUAGAUGACUAGGAGGGUUGAGGGGUAUGCUCAUGUGUCAAUUUUUUGAGACCUCCCACUUUAUCAGCUGCCAGUUUUUGAAACUUUUAACUUUUUUUUAAACAUUUUUUUUUCUGUUUCUCUUGUAACA